UCUGGGUUUCCUCAGGCUGUGACAGGGGGACCCAGAGAGGAAGAGGAAGCAUGAGGAGGAGGAGGAAUAGAAGGCGGAGGAGGAGGAGGAGGAUGGAUACAGAGUGACGAAGGUGUCACAGCUUUAUCAGUAGGUUAGUUUCACGCCAUCCAGCAGGGUAAACACACGGAGGGAGUACCUCACUUACAGCGGAGUGGAAAAGCACACCUUUGCGGAGCACUGACUGUCGCACCGCCACCUCCUUCUUCUUCUUCCUCUUCUUGUCGCUGUGUGGGAGGAAGAAGGGCGAGGAUACUAUUAUGGCUUCAGUUUCUUCACAGAUCUCAGGACUUCAGACAGAUGAGGAGGAUAACAGAAUCCUGAAGGUGAAAGUCAUUGCUGGAAUUGGACUGGCCAAAAAGGAUAUUCUUGGAGCCAGUGAUCCCUAUACCAGACUGUCCCUGUAUGAUCCUGUCACUGGAGAAAUCGCAAGCCUUCAGACCAAAACCAUCAAAAAGACACUGGACCCCAAGUGGAAUGAAGAAUUUUUUUUCAGAGUUGAUCCCAAGAAGCAUCGUCUGCUGUUCGAGGUGUUUGAUGAGAACCGGCUGGUGAGUUAGUUUUAAUUAUUUAUUUUUGUUUCUGUAUAUGAUCUACACUAAACUGCAUUGGGCGACAAAUCUUGUUCUUUGAAUUCAGGUGCUUUUAGUCACAUUACCACAGGUGUAUAAAAUCAAGCACCUAGAUGUGCAGUCUGCCUUUAUAAAUAUUUGUGAAGGAAUGGGUUGUUCCGAUGCGCUCGCUGAAUUUGUGAAACUGUAAUUAGAUGCCAGCAUUGCAACAAGUCAGUUGGUGAAGUGUCCUCCCUCCUAGAUAUUCACAACCAAGCUAUACGUUAUAAGCUAUGCUACUGCAAACUUUAGGUACUACAGCAAGUCAACCACCAAAGUGUCAUACCACGUAAAGUUAUAGAGUGCGGUCGCUGACUGUGUAAAACCUGGCAGACCUUCAAACUGCCUCUGGGAUUAACAUCAGCACAAAAAUUGUCUGCCGGGAGCUUUUGGGCAUGGGUUUCCAUGUGUGUGUGUGUGUGUCAGUGCAAAUGUGAAAACAAAUGUGAAUAAGUGAAAAUAAGUGAGCAGAUCAGCAGCAGAUCUUUAUCGUCAGUAUUUCCACACACAGUGUAAAAUCCACGUGAAAUGUGAUAUCUGGAGGGGAUUUAAUUACUAAAGGUACUGGGAUUAUGCUCUUUAGUUGUGGUUGGAUUGCCUAAAUGCAAAGCUGGUCAAAUAUUGUAGAGCUAAAGUGUAAUGUGGAGCUGUGGAGUAGGCUAAACAGGCGCCCCAAUAAUUCCUGUUAGAAUGGGACAGACUGAUCAGGGUAACAAUUAAGAGUAAACUGGGUCUCUAACACAUUAUUAAUUAGUUAAUUUUUUUUUAAUUCCCCAGAUUUGCCUAACAAAUACAGACCUCCUACUGUGAUCUGUAUAUGUGUGUGUUUGGUCAAGUCAAAUGAGGUUGUAGAUGAGAUGGUGGCAUUAUAUACUACAUUUUUAUUUUAUAUGUGAAUGAGAGUCAGCAGAUAUGAGAUUUGAAGACAGACAAUGAAUGAAACAAAAGUUUUUUACUGCAAAUAUAUUCUGCAUUUUAUCACAUUAAGUGCUAACAUAACAGUAAUAUUCCCAGUUUAUCUGCUUCAGUGCGUUUUUGUCAUUUGGGAUUGUCCACUAGAUCUGAGUCCAACCAUGAUCUGAGUCUAUAAUGAGCAUUUACUUUACUUACUUUCAUGCUCUGCACACUUGAACCAGGCUCCAGUCUGCAGAAAGUGAUAACUUCGAGUAAUGGUUCAACACAUUUACAAAUCCCAAGAUAGCACAUAUACAUUUCCUGUCUGACCAGCAGAAGUAAAAUAGGCUUAAAUUGCUAGUUGCUGGAGCCUAAGGUCACUUUUAGAUCAUGUUUAUGGUCUUAAAUUGCAACUUAUAAAGCCUUAUUUUCCACUGAAAUUAAGAUCAGAUCUACUAGCUCAGUAGACUUUUUUUUUUAAAUUAUAUCUUAUAAUAAGGAAAAUAUUUGUAAUUUAUUCUAAGAACACAAGAGUAACAAACUUGAUUAAAGUAGGCAAUACUUUUGCAGGGUUUUUUAUAAGGUCGUCUUACAUAAAUUGAAUAUAAAAAAUGAUCAGCUUUCACACUGCACAACUCAGUUUUGCCCAUUUAUUGACUAAGAAAAUUUAUUGCUGUGCAAAGAAGCCGUUGCAUGUCGUAAAAUGGUACAGUAUGUUUCAUAUUUGUAUGGAGGAGGGUAUGCCCCAGUCAUUACAAGGUUAACUGUGCUUUGUCUGCCUGUCAAAUACACAGAGGCCCUUAUUUUGCCAUGACACUUGAAGUACUGUUGGAAACUGGGAUACCUUAUUAUUCAUGACUGUAAAUAGGGGCAAAUCUUAAGGGCAUGGAGAGGAUGCAGCUGAAUAGUUUGAAUAGGAGACUGAAGAGAAUAUCAAUGCCUGCGUCUAGUGUUUCCUUAUUGAUCACACAAUUGGCGCAAAGUGAUGUUAAAGGUUUUAGGAUGUAGCCUAAAUGUAGGGGGACAUGUGAUAAGCUGCUGACCCAGUUUCAUUCUGGGCUGAUACAAAGCAGGUACGCACGAACAGGCGGACUCUAGUGACACGACCACUUCUGAGUUUUGCAGCUAACAGUCUGUAACUGUAUGCAAAGUCAACACGGUCAAGCAGUGAACCAACAUGGAUGCUCAGAAGUCCUUAUGUGACUGUACUAAAUAUCACUUCAACUCACAGAGGCAGAAAUGAACUGAAAACUCUCUUUAUCACUCUUAUAUUCAUGCACCAGAGAGAUGUGCAUGCGUAUUACAAAUUAGCUUCACGUUGAAUAAAACUCCUGUGUUUCCUUUUAUGCAUCUGCCACGGUAAGCUUUGGUUUUACGGUUUGGUUUUAUGAUUAAUUUAAAAAGUAUGAACAUAUUUAUAAAAGUGUUGCCAGAGGUAGGAAUUGAUUAACUUUUGGAGUCGCUCUCCUUGUUGUCUCCUUCAAGAAACAGCAAUAAUAUGUCUAUAAGUUGAAAUAAUAAAUAUCAGAAGACAUUGUUGAUGUUCUCAAGAUUGUAUCAGAGACUAAUCUGGAUUCAGAGACUUGGUGUAGAUAUUUGUCUUGAGGUGCUCUUGUUCAAUUUGCAUUGAUCCUCCGCUAAAAAAAGCACCAACUACACUUGUGUCCACAAAGCAGGCUAGAAAAUGAUAAUGAUAAAAACAUCUACUAGUGCUUAGUCCUAGAGACUGGUUGACGAGCGACCAGCUUUUACUUUGAAGUCAAACAGUCUCCAUUUUUUAGUUUGCGUCUCACUUUUCACAGUUUUACUACCGCUCGGCGAGCAGUCUGCAAUUUUUUUGCAAGUCCAUGCCAACUACAUGUGGCAACUGUGGCAAUCUGCUAGUGAGCAAAGCAACUGCAAGGAGUUCCUAUGUGCAGCACCGCAUGUACCUCUUUGGGACCAAUUUCAUCUACUGGCUGCCAGCAAUUUCCAGCAAUCACUUGGGGGAAAACAGGUUUUCCAAAGCUCAUACAGAUUUUUUUUAUUGGAAGCUUUGGAUUGUUUUCUUGAUUGUUUUGCUGCUCCAUAUUUAAUAUUUCAUUCAUAACUAACUUUAUUUUAUAAUGGAAAGUAAACAAAAGAAGUUGUCAUUCUUUGUAGUGUCCUAAGCUACAUUUCUUAUAACUGCGAUACAUGUCUUGCAGUUUGUAGAAUCAGUGAAUCACCUGCCCCUUUCCCACUGGAGCUGUAUACAGCUUCAUAGACUUUUAUCACUGGUAAAGUUUGGUCCCCAACAAUACCAGGAAGCGGCAAAGUAGAUUCUUGGAAUUACAAGUCAAUAAAAAGCCAAGCAUUGGGCAGCCAUCCAUCAGUUUAUGAUAAUUACAUUCACAUUUCUAACUCUUGUGAAAUCUGAAUCACCUCACUGUUAAUAGUCUUGUGAUGCUUUUUGUAAUCGUGGAGUUUCUACAUCAUAAAUUUGUUACCAUAACAUUCAACAUGUUUCAGCGGGUUUUGCUCAGACUUUUCAGGUACAGUCAGUCGUUAGAUCAUUAAAAAACCGUCAACACACGAGCUUUCGUUUGCAGCUAAAUGGCUGAAUGUUUCUGGAACCUGUCACUACGUCACAGGUUUCCAGUCACAUGAUAAAAUAAAGACGGGGGUGAGUCACUCAGUUCUGCCUUGUCAUGCUCCAGUUACACGUUGGAGUAUUUUGGAGGGUGUGUCAGAGCUGUGAAAGUGUUUGCGUGUGUGUGUGUGUGUGUGUGUCUGCAGCUCUGGCACACCGAGAGCUCAGCAAGAAACGUGCUUUGUUGGUCGUCUCAUACGAGAUGUGUUGAUUGGAUGAUUAUUGUUUCCACAUGGUGUUUCCACAGUGUGAGCUUUCACAUCUUGGGAUGAUAAGAUUCUUCUGGCUAAGACUUUCAAUUAUAGCCUCUUGAGAGUUUAAUAAAUAAACAUUUAUUAUUCCCACAGCAUAAAUCUUUGUUCCUUUGGACUAUGACAUGUCCUCUAGCACCACCAAAAGUAGUUUUUACUUUAACAAAAUGUGAAACUUUGAUGGAUGCAUAUAUUUGGACACUUUAUUUUUUUGGCCAGAUUUUUAGAUAGUACACAGCCUUGAUUACCCAGACUCUUGAGAACAAUUAAAAAAAGUAAAAUUACAUAUUCUGAUAGCAAGAGGUCAGACUCCACAGGGUUAAACUCUUUAGUAAAUCACUUCUCCAGGCUAUGCCAGCAGACCCCCAUAAUCUAAUCUAACAGCAGUGUGGUCAUAUCUAGUUCCCAGUUAUCUCAGAGGCAGCUAGACACACCCACAAAAACCAUAAAAAAGUAAAUCAGAUGCUGCUGUACAGUUCUCGCUUAAAAUACAUGAGUGUUUCUUUGCAGCAGCCCCUUCCCCACUUCCAGAGACAGCAUGAAUGCAGAAGUUGCUAUGGUUACCUGCACUUGAAUUAAUUGGCACGAUUCAAAUGGUAAAAGAAAGUGAUACAAUGGUAGCUGCUUUGUAGCCUACAGCAAAACAACAUUUACAAAGACUAUGAAAAAAAGCUAAACGCUGAGAGGCAACCAAACUUAUCCAAACCAAUCAGGCAGGUAAAAAAACAUACUCAGACUGGGACUGGAGCUGGAGGUAUUAAUAUAUCACUAAAAUUUGUUAUAUAGUACACUAAAUAUAUCUCUUCUGUGAAGAUAAACUACAUCAGUGGCUUUUUCAUACAUGGAUUAAGCCUAAUCCUAAAUGGAACCUGCAGUGAACUUCCAUGUGUGGAAAAUGAACCUGUAGCAGUUACUUACACUAUUACAUUCGCAGGAAGCUAGCUUCAAACAUGUAGCUGUUGAUAUCUUGGUUUGCAGUAAGUUUAACAGUAGAAACAUUCUAGUAAAUCAGAAAUGGUAUAAGUGAACAAAACAGGACAUGUUGCACAGUCAUUCGGGUCAUCUGAUAAAAAGAAGGUCAGUGGUUUGAUCCCCAAAGUUCUUCAGAAAAAUCCAUUAGAGAAAGACAGUGUGUGAUAGUUAGAAAGUGCUUAAUUAUAUGAAUUCAUGUGUGAGUCCUUGAAAUUAAAAUUUAGAAAGGUGCCAAAUAAGUCUUCAAUAAACUUAAAGAAGUCCAGUUGCCUUCUUUCCAAGCUCUUUACACUACUCCGGAAAGAGUCUCCUGUAAAAGCAUGUCUCACUGAGAGAUUUUAAAGAGGUCAUUCGCCCUGUUUGGCUUUUGGACACUGGCAGCAGAUGUUCGAUCACCUUUAUAAUAUUUCUCUAACCAUAAAAAUGGGUAGCUGGGAUAGGCUCCAGCCCCCCUGUGACCCUGAUAAGCAGAAGAGAAUGUAUGCAUGGAUGGAUUAAAAAUGCCUGUCAAUAUUUUCUUGGACAGAGAUCUGAGAAAUGCUACUCAGCUCUCUAAAAGUUUGAUUACUUCAUGCGUGAUGAGUUGUAUAAAACACAUUUACACACACCAACUCUCAGACACCCCAGUCAGAUGUCAAUCAGUGCCCCUUGUUCCUCUAGGACAACGUUAUCAGUUCAGCCAUAUUUUCUGCUGAUUUGUUUGAUCGUAAAACAUCAAAGCUCUUUAGGGCUGCACCUUAAUAGAUGCCCAGCCUCUACUCUAGCCACACCCCACUGACCCAAUUUAUUGAUGACCUCACCUCAGACACUUUCGCUGAAGACUUUAUUAAAUAAAUAUAUAACUUAUCCUUCAAUGCAAAGCAUGAUCUUCGCUGUCAUGCCAAAUUCUUGUGUCUAUUUCCAGGCAGCUUUGCUGUGACUUAACAUGAACGUGCGGUGUGCGUCACCAGCCUUGUCUUAUGGCCUAGAUACCGUCAACAUCAGUUAAAGCUGCUUUUGCCUGGAUGAGUGAUUAAUGGCCAAUCAUGGGUUUUUUCUGGCAGUUUGUCAUGCUCCUUAAAAAUUUAGGUGAUGACUUCCACCGCAGCAGGAAGUGUCCACCGGUGAAUCAUUGCUUUAUCCUGGCCUGGCGUCUUACUAUUAAAGACUAUGCUAAAACCGAUUUAGAGGCAGAGCAAUAUCAGAGUAACAGGCGUGGAGAGGAAAUCAGAUGAGCACUGACUGUUACAUGAAGUGUUGAGUGACUGGUGUCGCGUCACCGCGGUCCCACAAAUCUUUCUCCCUCUUAUCGUGUUGAAUUUUCUGCAGUAAAGCAGAUGAUUUGCAGCAGGUUGUUCAGUCACUGAGGAUCAAAAAGCAUUUUUAUUAGUGUUUUUAUUUGUUUGGGUGCUCUUUUAUUUUCUUUGGCAUUUUUAUUGUGUGCUAGCUGAGCUUUGUCACCCAGUCCUCACUCUGAAGCAGAAUUAUGUUGAAAGUCAGUCCCUUUGAUUUCCUGUAAUUCAAUAGCAGUGGGUAAAAAUAUUUGUGGGGGCGCAGAGCAGCAGAAACAUAAGAAGCAUAGCUGCAGCAGGAAGUGAAGUCUUGGGUGAGUGGCCUGAAGCAGAAGUAACAGUUGACCAGAGCUUUAGUCGAAGAUGCAGCGUGGACGACUGCCGCGUUGUUGUUGUUUUUUUCUUUCCCCAAGGGAGUAAACAGGAGUGAAGUGGCAGCAGCAGAUGUGAGGUGCUACGCAUUUGUCAGAGGGUGCAGUUAACUAGCCCUGAGCUAAGGCUAUGAAGCAGGUCCGCUUUUUCCUUCAACUCUCAGUGUUGCUUUCUGCUCCGCGGCCGUGUCUUUAAAGGGGGCUCAGCAGUGAGAUUAAUCUGUUUUCAAAGGUCAUCUGUUUGGGUCAUGCCUCCACACAGAACCACUGACCUCCCCUGACUAAAAGCCAUGGUCCGCCUGGAGAGGAAUGUAGGUUGUCACCAGAGCUAUUUUGGCAAUGCGCAGUCCCUAAUGAUUGUGAUCACAGAGCAGAGUUUGGAGCAGUUGCUUUGCUCUCCUUUUCCCAGCCAGCAAGUUUGAUCAUGCAGCUCCCGCUGGCGCUGCAGGGAUUAGAGAGUUAAACGAAUGGCACGUCGGCUCCGCUUGCAUUUUGCGUCAAGGAGAAGCAGCACGGACCCUCUGUCAGAAAGCCUCAGCAGCCAUGGUGAGGAAAGCGGAGUCAGUGUGUCAGCUCAAAGCCCCUCGGAGAGUCUGGCGCACAAUUCUGUCCACUUGAAGGUGACUCCUCUGUCACCAGAUUAUGCUUAUAAUCAAUACUCUUCAGUGUUCAUACCCAGGGUUAACACCGGAGGAUGUAAUAAGAAGAGAAUUCUACAGAUCUCACUCCAGCCCUGUGGAAAGCUCAGCGGACAGGUCGAUGGCAGCGUAGAGGAUGGAGAACCAGGAGCUGGUGAAGGAGGAGGAGCGUGUGCGGGUUCUGACGGGGGUUCGUGCAGCAGCAGCAUGGCCAGCGAUGGCGGCUACUGUAGCAGUAACAGCAUCUUCGAGCCAGAGGCACCAGAAAAGCAUAAGACCACCCAAGAGAGGAGUCUACACUGCUGCAAGUCCAAGGUCCCCCUGAGGCGGUGCUCCUCCUUAGUUAUAUUCCCAAAGAGCCCCUGCAGCACCCCACCUGCUUCCCCAGUAAGUCCAGUGGCUUUUCCUGCGCUCCCUAUAGGGAAGGGCUCUAAUCAGUCAUCUCUUCAGACUUCUGUUAAUGGAUACUCACUGACAGAUGAGGAGGUGACUUCCAAAGGGUCCACCAACACGGCAGUAAUCGGCCAUCGCUUCCCAAAAGAAAGCUGUUCAGCUGAGUUCAGGGACACCAAACACAUGGUGCAGUUUAAUAUUCCCUUACAGGACGAACCAAAAUCUAAAACAGAGGACAUGAGCAAAAUAAAGGAAGUGUCAUCAUCUCUAGACAGAUCAAAUCGUCACUCCAGCAGCCUGUUGCUGCGCUUUGCCCACCAGAAACCAAUGAUAUCAGGAAAAGGAGCCACAACAACAGCUACAGUCAAUGUGGAAUAUCCCGAGGCUCAUUACCCAGCAGAGCACCCAGAGGGUGAUCGCGACUGCCACAAGAAACUUUAUCGUAGUACCUCUGCUUGUUUGUUCUCCUCAACUAAACCUUCUGAGAAAAACCUGAAAGCUUGUUCAUCAGGAAAAGGCCACCAGGAAAAACACUGUCAUCACGCCAUACAGAGGAGCUUUUCCCUCGAGGUGCCUUACGCCAACACUGGAAUUUCAUGUCACGUUUCGAAUCCCAAACUCAGCAGCCCCUGCUCUCCACAUGUGCACAUUCAUUUGUCUUCUUGCUGCCCGGCUAAGUUGCCUACCUCUCUUCCUGAUAUAAACACGGGCAACAAAUGGAAUAAUACACCCAUAAGCUCAGGUCAAUGUGCCGAGACAGAAAAUCCUAACAAUGAAAGGCCAUACACAUUCAAGGAUUUUCUGCUUCACCCACGAAGUCACAAGUCCAGAGUUAAAGGUCAUCUGCGUCUAAAAAUGACCUACCUGCCAAAAAACCCAGGUUCAGAGGAGGAAACUGCAGAUCAGACUGAGGACAACGAUCCUGGUUGGGAGCUUCUGGAGACACAUGAUAUGUCAGGUCCCAGACAAAACCAGAUCCUGCCUCCUCUUCCUCCUGGCUGGGAGGAGAGGCAAGAUAAUCUGGGAAGGAUCUACUAUGUUAAUCAUGAAACCAGAACCACACAAUGGCAACGGCCCACCACGCAAGACGGCAAUUUGGAAGUUCAACGAAGACAUAACAGUAAUACGGAUGCGGCGCAUGUUUUCAUAACACGCAGACAGAUCUCAGAACAUGAGGAUAGCACGCAAGAGUCUCCAGAGAGCUGGGAGAUCAUUACAGAGGAUGAUUCCACCCAGUACCACAGUAGUAACCAGCUCAGAUCACCUUCACCCCGCACCCCAGUGGAGUUCCACUCAGUGUGCGAUGAAAUGAGGAUCGUUAACAUCGCUGCCGCAGCUGGCGAGCAGCGCCCCUCCCAGAUCGAUCACAGCAGUAAUUCAAGGCAUUCCAGUCGCAGAGGAAGUGCCCAGACCUCAACAGGAGAGGAACAUCCUGCUAAUCCUGUGCUGCUUCCAACCUCAACUGGGUUACCUCCAGGCUGGGAGGAAAAGCGAGAUAGUAAAGGAAGACGCUACUUUAUCAACCACAACAACCGAACCACUACAUGGACACGACCUCUCGUGCAGAGAACUUCAGAGGCAGCACCAGCACCAUCAGCACCGUCAGCAGCAGCAGCAGCAGCAGCAGCGGCACAGAGUAGUGCAGGCUUAUCACAAAGCCCUACACCACCCCAACCAUCAGCAGCAACAGAGGAGUCUCCUCAGCACACUCCAAGCCCCGAGGCCACGCGAGAAUCUGGCUUCCUGCCGCUCGGUUGGGAAGUUCGCAGUGCACCCAAUGGAAGGCCGUUUUUCAUCGACCACACUACCAAGACAACUACCUGGGAAGAUCCCAGGAUAAGGAUUCCUGUACAAAUGAGGAGGAGAUCCUCGCUUGAUCCUUCCGAUCUUGGCCCUCUGCCGCCUGGCUGGGAGGAGAGGGUCCACAGUGAUGGCAGGGUCUUCUACAUAGAUCACAACACAAAGAACACACAAUGGGAAGAUCCCAGAUUGCAGAACGCUGCUAUAACUGGACCAGCAGUGCCUUACUCUAGAGACUACAAACAGAAGUAUGACUACUUCAAGAAGAAGCUGAAGAAACCGGCGGACAUCCCAAACCGCUUUGAGAUGAAGCUGAAACGAAAUGCAGUGCUGGAGGACUCAUACCGACGCAUCCUCUCGGUCAAGAGGCCAGACCUGUUGAAGGCACGACUGUGGGUGGAGUUUGAUGGAGAAAAAGGACUGGACUACGGUGGCGUGGCCAGGGAGUGGUUCUUCCUAAUGUCCAAAGAGAUGUUCAACCCGUACUACGGGCUAUUCGAGUAUUCCGCCACGGACAACUACACACUGCAGAUUAACCCCAACUCAGGUUUAUGCAACGAGGACCACCUGACCUACUUCAAGUUCAUCGGUCGCGUGGCAGGCAUGGCUGUGUUUCACGGCAAACUCCUCGAUGCUUUCUUCAUUCGGCCCUUCUACAAGAUGAUGCUGGGGAAGCCAAUCACCCUCCAGGACAUGGAGUCUGUUGACGGUGAAUAUUUCAACUCCCUGAAGUGGAUUUUGGAGAACGACCCAACGGACUUGGACAUGAGGUUCACUAUUGAUGAAGAGCUGUUUGGACAGACUCACCAGCAUGACCUGAAACCCGAUGGCUCAGAGAUUGUCGUCACCAAUGAAAACAAGGAUGAAUACAUCCACCUGGUGAUUCAGUGGAGGUUUGUGAACAGAAUACAGAAGCAGAUGACUGCCUUCAAGGAGGGCUUCUUUGAGUUGGUACCGCAAGAUCUGAUCAAGAUCUUUGAUGAGAAUGAGCUCGAGCUGCUCAUGUGUGGUCUUGGAGAUGUGGACGUGAACGACUGGAGAGCGAACACAAAGUAUAAGAACGGCUACUGCUCCAACCACAUGGUUAUCCUGUGGUUUUGGAAGGUGAGACAAGUUUCCAUACCUGUGGCUAAUAAUCUGCAGCUGGG